AUGGACGCUUUUCGACGUUUCCUCCUCCUUCUGAGCACGCUCGCUCUCUGCCGUGCGGGCAUGGGAGAACUAGAAGAGGCUCUGAUACCCAAACGCUGUCCCAAUUUCGUCAAGGCAACGAUCCCGGGGUACCAUUCCUCAUUCAGCACCGAUCUGCUCCACCAGAAGCUCAGGGACUGCCCGAAUGUUAGAGCACUGGACCUCCGGCUCACUUUGCUUGGCUGUACAGAGGGGCCAGAACGUUGGACUUUGCCGUUCCGACACGGAGAAAAGAAUAUAUAUCCUGCAUUGACAUGGCUACGGCUUGAGGGGUAUCGGUUUCACGAAGUCACGUAUGAACGGAGCAUGGCUCAAAACUGGUUCGCCUCGACGAAUCUGGAGUUGUGGGCCGAGGCCAUGGACUGGUCAAUGCUUGAGACACUGGAUCUUGUUGAUUCACUCAGUCAGCACUUUGUUGAUGUUGUAUGGCCCCAUCUUGGUAAACUCAAGCACUUGAGCAUCCGGGCAUGGUCAAACGAAGAUGAGCCGGACGCAGCCGAAGCCCUAAUUGCACUACCGGGAGAAGUAGGACUCGAAUCACUGAGCUGGCAAGGGCCACGAAAACCAGGCGGCUUGGAGAAGGUGCUGAGUCGCUACGGCCAUAGCCUCAAGGAACUUGACCUAGGCCUGGGCAGGCCCCUGGACUGGGCGGCGCUUACCAUGCAAGAGGUGCGCACCGUGCAGCAGUUGGCGCCAGGACUCAAGAAGUUGUCAGUCGUGGUGGAACGGAAUGGGACGUGGCCACUAGAGAUGCUAGCGGCGUUGGCCGAGCUGGAGAGUGUGGAGGAGAUGGAGCUUGGGUGGCAGCUAGAGACGGAGCGCGUGCUCGAAGCGGACAGGCUGAUGAGGCCAUGGGUCCACAGACGCGAGAACCCAUACCAGCAGCCCGAGUUGUCGAAGCGGGCCGCUGAGGAGUUGUUCGAGGUGCUCGAGCGUCGUCGGAAGGAGACGGGCCAGGGGGCCACACGGCUGAAGCGGGUGGUGCUGGCCAGUGGCAACGGGCUUCGAGCUUGGGAUGGCCCGCUGGACACACCCGGCUCGUUUGAGCAUGAGCGGGUGCGAUACGAGUGUCGCCGCACCCUCUUGGAGGGCGAGGAGGUGGUGUGCGAGGCACGGCGAUGA